GUUGAUUUGUUUAAUCUGUAAUAGUAAAAAUGGUAAUGCAUUUUGAUCAAAGAUGCACUGGUGUUAAUUACGAUGGUGAAUACCUUAGUGUAUAAACUAUAAGCAAAACGGGAACAAAAUAACAACAUUUGUUUCUUUAUGGAUAAAAACUUGAAAUUUCAUAUGCUUGAUUCAGACAGUAUAGAAUUAUUCAAUUCAUUAUCACCAACCAAAAGUAGAUCAACUGAAAAGAAUAAACUUAAAAAUAGUACAUUUGGAAAAGAUCACAAUUCAGUAGAUCAACUGAUUACAAGUAGUAACGCUAGUAGUGGAUACUGGGAAGAUUGUGAUUCACUUGUUACAAGUGAAUAUGAUGUUUUUGGAUUGAAUUGGACAACUUGUCAUCAAAACGCUAGAAUAAAAUGCAACAAAUUGAAACAUCGACCACUGCCAGAUGCGACUAAUCAUUCAUCACUAGUUAGAACUCGAAGUUUCCAUGUAAAACCAAACGAUUACAUCAAUAAAAAUUCAUAUGAACAGUAUACAAGAGAUCAUUAUUCAGAUUCAAUUCUCAAUACUUACUUUGAAGAUAUACAACUUACAACAGACUCUCAAAAUAAAGCAGCUACUAAUAUACGUCAGUCGUCGUUAGAAGAUAAUAAUCAUCUAUGUAUACCAAAUGAUUCACUGAGUGGACUUGAUUCGAUUGAAUCAGAUUUUUUAUUUUGUCAAAACAGUUGUUCAUCUGUAAAUCAUAUUCAGUCAUGUCAACGUAUUUCCUCUGAAGUACAGAAUGUUGAAGAGAAAACUUUUAAAUACUUAAGUGAAUGGGAUGAUAGUGGAGAUGAAGAUAUUAUAAAAGGAGCAGAACCAAAAACUAAAUUUGAGGCUGCGUUAAGAAGAGCUGAAGAGAAAAAUAAAAAACGAAUGGAACUGAUAACUUCUAAAGACUUUUCAACAUCAGAUAAUAAAAAGAUGCCUGAAUGGGGUUCACCUAUCCAAAUAAGGAAGAAUGCUGAUCAAAGUAGAUUUAUGGAAUGUUCUCUUUCAUUAGAUAUUCCGGUGAGCAACAGCAGUUCUCCGAAAAUAAGUAGACCUUCUGAUCUUUGUCGCGAAGUUGAAGAAUGGUUGGAAUCAAGACCAUCAUGGAUUGACCAAAAACAUCAGAAAAAUAAUCCAGCGUUACAAAUUUGCUUUUUAAAUAUAUCUGAACAAAAUUUGUUCUCUUCCAUGGAAGCAAUAGUUGCUGAACCUUAUUUGGACAAUAAUGAUCAUAGAACUGGACAAAAUAAUAUAGAAACUAAUGUAUUUUCAACUGUUAACUGUAUUAAAACAAAUGAUAGUAUUCAAACAAUUAACUCAUUGAAUGAUAAUGAAAUUAGUUUUAAUAGUACUGAAGAUUAUGAUGAUAAUAAUUCACAGAGACUAACAUUGAAUGGUAAUUCAUCUUUUGUAAAUCAUAAAAAUGAAAAGAAUCGUACAAGUUCAUCAAUAUCUGGAAGAUCAUCUUUAUUAUUAGCUUUUGAAUCUUCAGUUAAUUUAAUUGAUUUAUUGAAUGAGAUCAAUAUGUAUUAUGAACGAUUAUUAGAUCAAUGUAGACAAGAUUGUUUUGAUGCACGAUCUGUUGUUUAUUUACAAGAAUUAAUAAAGAAUCAUAAACGAUUUCAAACAGAAACACAAAUUGCUAUUAUUCAGGUUCCAAAAAUAUCCGCAAUGCAAGCAGAAGUUGAACGUACAAAAAUUUCAUCGAUAACUCCAAAUAUAGCAACAUUACUUCGAGUUGACUAUAGGAAGUUUCAAAUAUCCAAAGAAGAAUUAAUUCAAUUCUCUAUUUCUCAACUGAAAGUUAUUAUGAAUGAUUUGCAUUCUAGAAUCGAAAGUGAGAACAAUAGUUUUGAUUGUAUUUAUUCUCGUCUUGAAUAUUGUAUAACAGACUGGAAUUCAGUAGUCUAAAUUGUUAAAAAAAAUUAUUAUGAAGAACUAUCUUCACAUCGAAUAAACAUUCUUAAUGACAUUGUUGGUGCAUUAAGUCGAUAUUGGAAAAUAUCUAGGAAAAAUAAUAUCAGAUUUUAUAAGUUUGUAAUGAUCCAUAACAUUUUAUGGUCGGAUAAAACUGGUCUAAACAAUUCUCUCAUGUUGUCAUUAGUCGAAAGAGAUGAGUUGCACCUAGAACAAGGUGGUAAAUUAAUUGCUUUAGAAGAUAUCAAGUCCUGGAUUAAAGAACUCAGUAUUCGUUCAUCAAUUCCUCAAGUUAGACGACAAUUAUUUCUCAAUCUUUCAAGUAAUUUAUCAAAUAACACAUACAGUAAUGAUAUUUUUCCUAAACCUCAAACUAAACAUAACACUUUACCAAAAAGACCUCAAUGGAUGACAUCCUUAUUUGGUCGAGGAUCACAGCGACAUACUCUCUCAUUAUAAGAUUAUAUAUUAAUUUUCUUUUUGUAUAUCUCAGAUUUCAUAUAUUUCCCUAAUUGAAAAAUUUAUGAUCUUCAUAAAUAUGUCUUGUUCAUUCCUAAAUCCUUCUUCUAUUUAACUUGUCUAAUUCCCAUCCUAAAUUGAUCAGUACUUGUGCAGCUAAUCAUUUUUCUUCAAUUAUCUAACAGAGUAAUUGAUAUAUGACAGGAUCUAAAAUAAUCUGUUAAAAACAAAGUCAGAUGAAACGUCAAAUUUAUCGAUCAGAAACUUCUUUUUGUUUUGCCAUCAUAAUGUUUAUUUCUAUGUUAAUAUAUAUGAUGAUUCGUCUAUUUACUUUUUCUACAAUAUUUGAAACUCAUUGUUGAAACUACUAUUAAUAAUAAAUAAAGUUUGUUAAUAUGUUACAACACAAUACUUUUCAUUAGAACUGUCUUUAUUAUCUUUAUAUGUGUACGUUGAUUUUAUGCCAAAAGUACAGUAAAGAUGAAGGAAACACAACAACAAUCAUUCAACCGAACAGAUAAUCAUGUAUGUUCACUAGUCAUUAGUUUGUUAAUGAAUUCCGUUAGUAUUUUUUUAUGAGAAGUCACUACUGGUGUCGUUUAAUCAUAUGAAGAUUAAGACAGAUAUAUUUAAUGAUCGUCGUUUUUUUUGAGUUAUGAGUUAAACUACUCUUAAAAUGUUAACCAUUGAAUUUUAACUAUAUGGUCGGGAAAUAUUUUUCUUGUCGUCAAGAUAUCUAAUGUGUACACCGUUAAAGAGUUCACUAAAUUAAAAAGAAACUAUUUCUCAUUACUCCUUGUUUAUUAACAGUUCUUUAGCUAAUGACAAUCAGCCAUAACUAAUGUAGAAUUGAAUGCAUAUAUAUAUCAGUCCCACUUGUCGCAUUACAUCAGCAUAGCGGUAUGAAGGUAUCAAGAUAAAUGUGAAAAUAAUUAAAACAGUAACAAUAUUGAUGGUAAAAAAGCGCACUUGGAAUAGACAUUAUGAUUCGAGUAGAAUGAAGAAAUUCAUAGAACAAGACAGUAUAAGGUGAUUUUAUAACUUAAGAUCUCAGGAAAGAUAAUGACAAUGUAUUUGUGCUAUUUUGAGCUAUUUUAAGUCACAUCACCCGACGUUUCUAGCCAUUAAUUAUGAGCUGAUGACAAGUUAUGGUUAAAACUAUUCAAAAUCAUUUUUGAAAGUUAAAAAAAAUAGUACAUAUCCAAAAUAUGAUUGUACAGAGUUCAAAAUGACUUCACUUAAUAGACAGGUUACAUGGUUCAUUAUGAAAUGAUUUCUGAUUAAUAUCAGUGUACAAAUGUAAGACAUAUACAUUUUAUUCUUAGUGAUAAUAAGGUUGUACAUUUUGAUUUCCUUGGUAACCUUUUAUUAUUGAUUCAUAUGUUGAUUAGUAUCAAUUUAUCAAAAACUAACUUCAAAUACGUAGCUUCAAUGCAUACGAAUUAUUACUAAUGGUGAAGUAGAUUUAAAAAAACUCGGAUUUACACUACAACAUAAGGAUUUAAAACUAUUUCGCCUCAAACUAGAAACAUGAAGAGCCAUCAAUCAUAUAAAUAGCAAUGAUGUUAUUCAUUAAUGUGAAAUACUAGUAUAGAGUGUUAACAUGUCACCUUUCUUAUUAAGUAUUCAUCCAUUGAAACAUCAACUUCGGUGGCUGAGAUAUGUUCUACGAAUGUCGUCCCAAAAAAUUCCACGUCAUGCGUUACCGAUUCUCGGGCCGGUUAGAAAAAGCAGAAAGGUGGUGAAUGUAUGACAUGGU